AUAGGGAGGGAAUCUUUGUGCUUAUGGGGUUUCCUUGGUUGGGGACUCUCUUGGGACCUUCCCUCUCAUCCUUCUCUUCCUAUCCCAACCUUUCUCUUGCUCCUUCUAAUUCCUUGUGAGAUUCUUGAACUUUGAUUGAACUCUUGAGAUUGAGUUAAGUUCUCCUCCUACAGCUUACCCCCUAGUGCGUCGAAAGCCAUAGCGUCGCGAAUACUUCAUCAAUCAACGUGAUUCAAAUUGGGAACGGUAGCUGAGAUUAAGAGCUACAACAUAUCCAAGUUUCGCGACAUUCCAACGGCUAGUGUUUUGUCGACGUCGUUUCUUGUGAAGACGACUUUUCUGUCCAGAAUUUCGGAUUUAUAUUUUGAGUAAUUCUAGCUCCUAAGUUCACCUAGACUCUGUCCUUAAUUCUAACAAGUGGUAUCAGAGCGAUAUUAAGGACAUUGAGAGGAGUCUACAGAAGUGUGAAGACCCUUCUAGACCCACCAUGGCCUGUGGGUGUGCCUAAGUGGUGUUCUAAAGGUUGGAUGUGUCUUCCGCUAAGGGGAAACUCUGCCGAAAUUUCGUGGACGGCGAUACUUGUGAAAAUAUCGAGGGAGCUGAGUGUGGACAGCAAAGGGGAGCUGAAAUUCGUCAUUUCUCAAGGAGAAGAUGAAUGAGAGAGGAGGAGAUGCUAAUGGAAGAGGAGCUGUACCUGAGAAGGCAAGUGAGCCGCCGCCAUCAAAAGUUGAAGCUUUGGAUGGCUCCAACUAUGAGGAAUGGAGCGGACGGAUGAGGAGUGCCUUCAAACGCUACAAGCUACUGAAGAUUGCUGUUGGGGAGGAGAAGAUGCCGGAAGAAGGCGAAGCACGUGAACGGUGGAUUGAGAAAAGCGCGGUGCUUUUCGACCUCAUCCUUCAAUCGGUCAACAAGGAGAUGUUCGAGCACAUCAAGGAUCUUGUGGAAGCGGAUGAUUCGGGUCCAAGGGCGUGGAAACUACUACGUGAUGUGAUUCAGCCCAACACUCUCCCAAUGGUGAUCGUGCUCGAGAAGGAACUUGCUGCCAUCUCCAUGCGACCAGGGGAUGAUGUGAAGCCGGUCCUUGACAAGAUCAAGGACACCUAUGCAACGAUGGCAGCAGCGGGCAGCAGUGUAUCUCAGCUGCAGCAGUGCACCAAGAUCAUCUCGGUGUUGGACAACUCUUGGGACAACCUCAUCCCCACCCUCAACUCUCAGCAAGAUCAAUGGACACCUGAGUGGCUAAGGCACCAGAUUCUGCAGGAGGACUUCCGCAGACGCCAUGUGGGAGGCGGUGCUGCCACUAAGACUGCUGAGGGGUAUGGAGCUGCAGGGCGCGGCAGAGGAAGAGGGGGUUGGAGAGGCCGAGGCCGUGGGAGAAGCUUUGGCAGAGGUAGAGGCCGAGGUGACUAUAAUGAGGGGCAUGGGAGCUCCAGUGGCAGGGGGAGUACCAGAAUGGAGGGCACCUGCUGGUACUGCAAGAAGGUCGGGCAUCCUUGGUUCAAGUGCUUCAGCAGGCCGGAGGGAUGGGCACCUCCAGGCAUGAAGCCGCCCAGUGGUGAACGCGCACAAGGUGGUGCUGUGCAAGGCUCAGGUGCACAAGGUGAAGGUGCACAAGGUAAUGCCUAUCCUGGGAUGUUUCUCAUGGUUGAGGAUGUGCAUGGGCAUGAGGGUGAUGUGGGAUCUGUGGGAAAGGUUGUGAUGCACCCUCUCACGCACUGGGUGAUUGAUUCGGGUUGCACCAGUCACAUGACUCCACGGGCAGAUUUGCUUGAUGAGGUAAAACCCCCUGGGAAGAUCAAGUAUGUGGCAGCAGCGUCAGGUGCUUUGCUCCCUGUGAUUGGCGUUGGGAAUGCCAAGGUUAAGGGAGCUAAUGGGGAGCUUGUGGGGCUUGGGAAUGUUCUGCUGGUUGAAGGCUUGUCUGCUAACCUUCUCUCUGUGCGACGACUGCAGAAGAGUAAGGCCGAAGUGACCUUUGGACCAACCAGCUGCCGUGCUAAGCUUGGGAAGAAGGUGCUGUGGAGUCUGGAAGAGGAGACCAGCUGCAUCAAGGACCUGUGGCAGCUGCCCAUCAUCCCAUGGAAUGGGAAGACUCCAACAGCAGCAACGGCAGCAGCGGCAAAGGCAACAGCAGGAGGAGAUGCAACUGCACCAAUUGAUGGGGUCCUAGAAGCAGUCAAGAAAGUGCAGCAGCAGCAGACACAUGGUGAGGUGCUUGCUGGUGUGGAUGCGAGUGCGGCAUGGGCUAAGGCUUCAUCAAGGAGUGGAGAGGCCGAUUGGGAGACAUGGCAUGAGAGGUUGUGUCAUGUGAACUUCCCUAUGCUGCAGAAGUUGGUGAAGGAUGGGAGCCUGAAGGGCUUGGAGGUGAAAGGGGGAGUGAAGGAGAUUGGGAGCUGCCCUACAUGCUUGGAGACCAAGUUCUCCAAGUUCCCCUUCAACAGCACUACAGGACCAGCCAAGACCCCACUUGCACUUGUGCACAUGGAUGUGGUGGGGCCCACAAGAGCCCCUUCCCUCUCAGGUAGCCGCUAUUUCUUGACAAUUGUGGAUGACCACACUCGGGCAGAGAAGGAUGAAAUCCUCAUGCUCUUGGUGUAUGUGGAUGAUAUCCUUCUCUUUUCUGCAUCCACUGCUUUGCUGGACAGCGCAGAGCAGAUGCUGGAGAUGCAGUUCAAGUGCUCCAAGAUGGGUGAGGCGAAGUACUACUUCGGGAUGCAUGUGGAGAGAGAUGUGGAAAAGGGUGUGCUGAGGUUGCACCAGAGGAAGUACUGUGAGGGGCUGGCUGAGAAGUAUGGGCUGCAAGAUGGGGGAAAGCCAGCAACACCACUACCUUCAGGGUUUACUGUGGAGCCAUGUGCUGAUGAGGAGGUAGUGGGUGAUAGUGACAGGAAGCUAUGUGGUAUGGUCGAUGAUGGUUGGCAGCCAGAGGGGGAGAUUGUUGUGUGAUGUCAUCAUAUGCUAUCACAUUCUGUCUGCCUCUCAUCUCUUGUUUCAAUUCGUAUGUAUGGUUUGACUGUGUGUGAAAGAAUUUGUGUGUGGUGUGUUCUGGAGUUUGGGAAUGUGUUUUGUGUUAUUCUGUCUGAGCAGGUAUUUGUGAUGAUAGAUCUUGAGAAGAUCUUUCCGACGCAACAAGAAUCGCUUCAAUCGGAGCAAGAACGCGAAAGCUAUGAAGAUUC